AUUCGUGCAGGAGGUCAGGGGGUUGUCUCGAUAAGAGUCUCAAAACUCUAUAUAAAUUGACAUGAAAUUACUGCUUCGUUAGCUGCGGCAGAAAGUCAACCCGAAUCAUGGAGCUGGUCUUAUUGCUAUUUUUGGCUAUCGGCGCAUCCGUCGAAGGAACGGUUUUGUGGGUUCAUAAAGAGUUUGACCCAGCAAACUACCGCAAUGGUAUGCAUGCGCUGACCUCCAACGACUACGACCAUGGAUCUGGAUCUGUCGUCACGGACCCUGACGGUGGAAGCAACCACGUCUUGAAAGUCUGGUACGAGAAGGGCCGCUACAGUAGCCAUGGCCCCAAUGAAGGUGUCCAGUUCUUUGCAACGCCGACUCAAGACCAUAGCAUCAUGACCUUCAGUUAUGAUGUCUACUUUGACAAGAGCUUUGACUUCAGGCGCGGAGGAAAAUUACCGGGGCUGUUUGGGGGAUGGACCAACUGCUCUGGUGGAAGGCACUCGGACAACUGCUUCUCGACCAGGUUUAUGUGGAGGGCGGACGGGGAUGGAGAGGUGUAUGGCUACAUACAAGAUAAAACUCAUCAGAUUGACGGUUUCUGUGACCACGUGGUCUGCAACUCCAUAAAAGGGUACUCUAUGGGACGUGGUAAAUGGAGGUUCCAGCGAGGCGUUUGGCAGAACAUCGCUCAGUCAGUCCGUCUCAACACCCCUGGGAAGACAGAUGGUUCUAUCAAGGUGUGGUAUAAUGGUAAACUGGUUUUCACUAUCGACCAACUCAACAUUCGGGCCAAAGCUAGCGUUGACUUGGAUGGCAUAUUCUUCUCAACUUUCUUUGGUGGUCGUGACAGCACUUGGGCUCCAACUCAUGACUGCUACUCCUACUUCAAGAACUUUGUUCUGUCUACCGAUGCCGGCAACCCUGCCAUCAUAGGAUAAUGUACACAUGUACACGCCAACAUCAUUUAAUAAAAUGGUUUCAAUGAAA